GGCCAGAUUCCAGAAUCAUUUGCUUUUUUCCAAACUCACGAAAACUAGGAUUACAACAAAAAGAAAACCCCGGCAAGGAUAGAAUGGACACUGAAGAAGUGAAACGUGGUCGAGGUCGUGGUCGUGGUACACGGGCGCGUGGACGAGGGCGCGGCCGCGGUCGUGGCCGUGGAAAGAAAAUCGACGAUAUCAGCAUUCUAGAAGCGGCGGCAGCCUCAUCCGCUGUUGGCGGUGUCCUUGAGGACAGUCAGGAACAUACAGAAGAUACCACCAUGCAUGAAAUGGACAAGGAAAAUGAAAUGGAAGUGACACCACUGUCAACAGCGCUUGAUGAGCAACAAGAACAGCAACAACAACCACAGGUUACACCAAAUGACGAAACGAUGCCAACGCCGCCGUCUGUUUCACAGCAGCAGCAACAACAACAACAGUCAGUUGCUCCGCCUGUGGCACCAAUGCAAACAAUUGACAUGGAAGCCGAUAUAUCACAAUUGGAGGCACCUACAUUUACGACACUGUCUCGAGGACCACCUGAACCUAUGUUGCGUCUAAAAUGGAAUCACAAGGUCAGUCUUAUUGGUGAGAAAGUGCUAAAUCCCAUGAUCCAUUGUUGUGAUCAGUGUGACAAACCCAUAUUGGUCUACGGCCGUAUGAUACCCUGCAAGCAUGUCUUUUGUCUGAAAUGUGCCCGCGCCGAACCGAUCAAGAGUUGCCCCCGCUGCAAUGAUAAGGUACUUAGAGUGGAGCAAAGUGGCUUGGGAACUGUCUUUAUGUGCACACAUGGCGGCAGUCGUUACGGCAGUACUGGAUGUCGUCGCACUUACCUAUCCCAGCGUGAUCUGCAGGCGCAUAUCAAUCAUAGGCAUGUGACUCCUCAACCACUGCUGCAACCACUGCAACAGCAACAGCAGCAGCAACUAUCAUCAUCCAGCGGCAGUGAUCAGACGACCAAGCUAACAGAUCUACAGCGCAAGCUCUCCGAGUCAUCCAGCUGCACAGGGGUUCCGUCAACAAUGCGUUCCAUGGGACGUCCACAGCCACCGCCGCCACCACAACCAACAUCAACCCAAACGUCAUCCUCGAUGGCAUCAGCAUCCAUGUCUGCUGCCUCUGUUAGUGGCAUUGGCUCUAUACCACCGCCUGGCUCAGCUGCUGCUGUGGCAGCCGCUCAAAAUUCCGUCCAUUGCCAUUCAUCUCUUACACAGGCAAAUUUGGCUAGAAUUAAUAAUGCCAAUGCCCAGGAGUGUCAUCAGAGCAAGGCCAACUUGCAUCAGACAUUGAAGAAAGGUCAAUCCCAUCAAUCGGAAUCGGUGGCAGAUGCCUCAUACUACAGCAGUGUUUUGGCCUCGUGCAGCCUUUCCAGACUCAAGUGAAAAAUUAUGAAAGAUUUUUAAAUGCAAGUGAAUUUUUGUAAUUGUACAUUUAUGGCAAGACAAAUGAUUUUAGUUAAACAAUGUUUUUAAUAAGUAUAUAAUUUUUAUAUAUACGCAAAUAAUGAUAAAUAAUCAAUUUAAAUUUUUUCCAUUUUAUAUUUACAUUAAGACUUAGUUUUUGAUUUAUAACUCUUCUAAAAACAAGGUUUAAUCCUCCAAUUUGGCAAUUAUAUUGUUUAAUUAAAUUUAA